AUGACGCUCGUGAGUGAAUAUAGUCGCUACUAUCGCUUCCUCAGGUUCAUCAUCACUUUCCUUCGAUUUGAUUUUCUCCCCAUUAAUUGCUUUCUUCUACGACACAUCCGGAUGUCCUUCUACCCAGCCUUGGCUGCCUUUCAUUUUGUCGCAACAUCGCAUAUGCUGUACUAUGUGAUGCUGGAGGGUGACAUGGUGACCUUCUCUUUUGGGACAAUUUGGUUUUCAGGCAGCCUUCAGGCCUUCAUUAAGACCAUCACGGCAAUUUACUACAAAGAACAAUUUCUCAUCUUCUUCGCGGGCAUUGAGGAGAUUGUUAAGACGCAUUUUGACACUGUUGUCGAUGUGAUUGUCAAGAAAAUCCUCAAGGAGACACUCACCCUGACCAAAAUCUGCCAUUUCUCCAUCACAGUCAUCUUCAAUUCCACGGUGUUCCUUCUUGUGAUGAAUGGAAUGAAUUCGCCCAAAGGACAACCUCUUGGCUACUACCUGCCCGUCUUCUCGUGGUGGGGAAAUUUUUCCUUUCAACUCUACGGUGCCUGGCUCAUCCUGUACACCGUCUUGGCUGGAGACUUCAUCUUCAUUGCUCUUGCGUUGUUUUUCCGCGGGGAGCUUCUCAUCAUUGCUGAGAUUAUUCUCUGCUUCGAUGACAGUCAAUUCGUCAAGGAUAACAUUCACCUCCUGAGGAUGAUCUACAAGAUGCACCUGCGUAUCCUCAAGAAGUUGGGAACGUUCCAGAAUGUCUACUACUUUCUCACAUUCCUCCAAAUAGUCUCCAGCUUUUUCCUCAUUUGCUUGACGACCUUCAUGAUUCGUUUCCAUGACCUUCAGGCCUGGGCUUAUGCUGUACUCCUCUGUGGGCUAAUGCAGACAUUCUUCCUCUGCUUAAUUGGGGAUAUUUUGUUUGAGAAGGCCAGUUUAAUUAGCACUGCACUGUAUUUGACUAAAUGGUACGAAAUGGAAUUGGAGGAUCAAGGAAGACUCCUCAUCAUGAUUGCCAUGGCACAGAAGCCUUAUGGCAUAAAGGCAGCAGGACUAGUUGAUGUGUCCUUCUUCACUUUCAUUGAGAUUAUCAAACUUUCUGUAUCCUACUGCGCUAUUUUAUUCACAGUUGCUUAA